AUGACCUCUACUGCCUCGGGUUCCUCAACUGCCUUGGCUGCAGCUUCAGAGCAGUCGAAGAGUAAGAUCAGUGAUCUGCGGGUGUCUGAUCUCAGAUUGGAGUUGAGACGAAGGAACCUGAAUACUAGAGGAGUGAAAACUGCCCUCAUUGCCCGGCUCGAGCAGGCAAUUGAAGAGGAAGGAGGUGAUCCUGAUUAUAUUAACCUGUCUUCUUCUUCUGAUACUUUGAAUAAGAAAGCAGUGGUCAAAAGCAAAAGUGAGACACAAGAAACAGAAGAACUAACUGAAGAUGCCUCAGAGAAAGAUAAUUUAUUUGUCAAGGAAAGUAAGUCGGAGAAUUCAGAGACCAGUGAUCUGAAUGGAGAUGAUGAACUGAAGGACUCUGAAGAAUCUGGUGAAAAUGAUGAAUAUAAUAAUUCCAAGGAUUUUUCUACUGUUGAUCAUAAAACAGGUCAUGAAUUAAAACAGGUAGAAGCAAUACAAGGCAAAGUAAAAGACCUUAAAAAUCAGGAAAAUGAAGGUCAAGAAGGGGAAGAUGAUACCUUUCUUACAAUCCCUGAUAUUGAAGAAGAAAAGGAAAAAGAUACAGUAGGUUCUGGUGAUGGUACACAAGAAGUACCCAGUCAUAUUCCUUUAGAAGAGAACCUAGAUAAGGCUGAUAAGUGGGUUUAUGAAGAGAGAGAAGGUAACGUGUCUGUGAAAGAAGCUGAGGAUGAUAUUUUGCUCACAAUCGAGGCUGAAGAUAUCAUCUUUAUGGAUUUUGAUGGUGAUGACCUAGAAACAGAUAAAAAUGUGAAAAUUACAGAGUCUGAAGCAAGUAAGCCAGAAGAUGGGCAGGAUGCCCUCACAAAGAGCCUGGAGAAGGAAAGCAAAGAUUAUGAGCUGAACAAGAGUCAUAAAGAUGGAAAGAAGGAUGAGCAAGUGAAGGAUGAUACUGUCAAGAAGGAAACCAGAGAAAAUCCUAAGAAAGCCGAAUCUGAAGACAAAGAAAAGGAUACUUCGGAGAAAGGGCCCUUGUCUGCUGAGGCCUCUUGUCAAGCAAAUAACUUUUCAAAGAAAUCUAAAGAAAGCAAAAUAUUGUCUUCAAGUAUUGCACAUCUUCCUCUUACAGAACUUCUUGGACAACAGAUUUCUGUUGAGAAAAUAAAAGGUGAUCCAUCUAAGAAAGAAUUAAAAAAAGAAAGUGAUGAAAAAUCAAGUUCAGGUAGAAGUACUGGAGAUGGAAGAUCCACAACAAAUGAUAAAACUAACAAGACUCAAGCCUCUACUAAAAAAGGAGAAAAAAAAUCUGAGAAAAAAGAAAGUAAGGAUUGUAAGAAAGCAGAAGAUAAAGAUGAGAAGGGUGAUAAUGGACCAAGAAGUCAAACUUCAGUGUCAAUUAAAAAAAGAGAAGAAACUAAAGAAAUAAGUGCAAAGAGCCUGAGUCAUGGGGUAAUUUUUGAUCAAACUAAAGGAGAUCUUUCUAGAUCCACAAGAAAGGAGAAAUACGGCAAAGUGGCAAGGAACAAGGAGAGGGCUAGUCAAGAUGAAAAGGACAAAGAUUACAAAAAUCAAAAAGAUAUAUCAUCUUUGGAAAAACUGAAGGACCAGAGAAUGCCAGAACAUCUAGUAAGCCUAGAAAGAAAACAAGCAGUGGAACUUAGAAGGCAAAGAGAGAUUGUAGAGAUGCAUCGAGAGCGGGAAUGCAUUAGAAUGUUUCGAGAAGGGGAGGAAUGGCAACGCUUACAGAUAGAAAGAGAGCUAUUAAAAAUUGAAAGACAAAAACUAGAGAGAGAGAGAAUGGAGCGCAAACGCUUGGAAAAGGAACGCAUUCAAAUUGAACAUGAACGUUUUAAGGAAGCCAAACGUUUUGCUCGGGAACGAGAAGAAUUGCGAAGGCAACAACAACAACUUCGAUAUGAGCAAGAAAAAAGGAAUUCUUUGAAACGGCCACAUGAUAUAGAUCAUUGGAGAGAUGAUUCUUACUGGAAUAAGAGUAAAAAACUGUCUCACAAUACAGUUGCUCAAUUUAGGCAUGGAUCCGACUAUAAUCGGCAACAGAACAGAUUUUAUUACUUUGAUCACAGAGAGAGGGCCCAAUUCCCUGAGGGUACAGCAUCUCUUGAUGCUUCAACUUUUGAAAGGCAGGAGCCCUUUGUUAGUCAAGGGGAAAGGAAAAAAUCAUAUCCAAUUGAACGAAGAGAAGAUCCAGGGUUUGAAAGGUAUCCCCCAAAUUUCUGUGAUUCCAGAAGAAAUAAGCUGCCAUCACCAAGAAAUGAACUUAGAGACACUGAGAGACAAGAAGUAUGGGGAGAUAGAGUUGAGAGAUCAGUGAUUGUUCAUGACAGGUCUGAUAUAGCAUCUCAUAGAUACCCUAGAGAUAGUGGUGCAAAUCCUCUAAGACAAACUACUUGGAAUCAUGAAGGUGGCAUUGAAAAAUGGAACACAAGGAUUGAAAGACCAGAGAGAUCAGGAAGAGAAGUUUCUGGACACAUUAUAGGAGGGAAUGGAAGCAGAGAUGGAGAAAGAGGAAGAGGAAGUGGUGGACAGCAGGAUUCUGAAGUUCAAUAUAUGAUUGAACACCAUGGAUGCGGAACAAGUGGACCAAGAAAAGAAUGGCAUGACCCAAGUUCUCAAAAGACAGCACAUGAUGCAAGGAGAAUGGGUGAUGAUCCAGGAGGAGCAGGCAUGAUACCUCAGCAUAAAAGCAACUCAUCAUCAAUUAAUAGAAUUGUGCAGUUUUCAGGAAAUGCUAUGCAAAGAGAAAGAGGCUUUGAAUUUAAGCCAUUUAAGAGUGGACUUCCAAGAAGAUUCUGA